GCUCCUGCAGGAGGCGCUCGCCGAGGGCCCCGCGGGCGACGGCGGGCCCUCCGCGGCCCCGCUGCGCCGCGGCGUGGAGGGCCUGCUGGCGGGCGCGCGGGCGGCCGCGCCCGACGCCGCCGCGGACGAGGCGCUGGCGCGCGCCGCGCGGGAGGAGGUCGUCACCGCCCUCGAGGAGGAGCCGCAGCUGGUCCUGGACCUCCUCGGGGAGCUCCGGGAGGAGGAGCGCAGCCGCCUGCUGGACCUCGCGGAGCAGAGCGGGGUCCUGCCGCGGGAGCGGCGUGGCGCGGUGGAGGCCGUGGUGAUGCCGGGUGCACAUGCCGAGCAGCUGGGAUGGAUCUUGAAGGUUGCGGUGCUCCUCUACACGCACAGCUGGGUGUUGCCGGCGACCCCAGCGGUCGAGUUCGCGGCGGCCUAUCUCUUGGUCGGCUCGAGCGCCUGCAGCAACGGCUUCGUCGCUUGGCUGCGCUGCGACGCGGCCCUGGCGGUGUUGGCCGCCGCCGCGCUGUAUGUGGCGUGCAGCAAUUUCCGCGCCGUGUACCACCGCGCCCGGCUGGACCCCGCGGGGGAGGCGGCACGCGCGCUGCAGGCGUGGAAGCUGGGCGACCUCGAGGAGGCCGCAGAGGUGCUCGAGAUGGGGCCGGAGGAGCUGCGGGCGGGGGCGGCGGGCCUCGGGGCCGCCGCCUUGGUGCUGUCGCUGGGCGCGGUGGGGGCCGUCGUGGGAGCGCUGAAGCUGGUGCAGGCGACCCUGGCGUUCUCGUGCAGCCCGGCCGCGUGGCUCGUCUGCGGGGCGUUCGCUGCGCUGCGCCUGGGCACGUUCGUGGCGCUCUGCUACCUGGCAGCCCUCGCCCAUGGGCUCCUGGCGCGUGGCGGCGGGCUCGGGGCCCAGGGGCGCGGCAGCUACGGGAGCACUGGCAGCAACAGCAGCGCCGCGCCGCGCCGCGGGUCCGCGUCCUCGGCGGCCAACUCGCAGGCAGAAGACGCCCCCGCAGAGCGUGCCUGGACGCGUCGUGCAUCGGGUGAGCGCGCUGUCUGGGUGUAGGAGGCCCUUCUGGCGCAGCGACAGGUUCCCAAAAGGUAUUUUCCCUCCUCUUUGGCGGCGCGCCCAGGGGGUAACGCAGAGGAGGCGCGUCUGUCCAGAAGGGUCAGAAGGCCUCCGGCCUUCCGCUGCAGGAGACAGAGGCGGUCUCGCAGGGCUUCUGAAAGGCCCCACCGUCCUUUGAGAAAGCUCGCCACCCAUCAGUUCCACCCUCGGCCUCGGCAUCGGCUCGGACGCGUGCAUUUUUUCAUGGCGGGGACCCUCGAGGAACAUCCUUGAU